AUGAAGAGCAUCACCGCCAUCCAACUCAUCUCCAUCCUGCUUGCUGCACCCUUGGCCACCAAUGCUUACAAGAUUGAUGCUUUGAAAGUGGAGUCCGUCCAGCAGAAGGACGCAAACACCAUCAGCUACAAACGGCCGGGACAGCCCGGCCGUAUCACCUGGGGAUGCGACCCUGAGGACGGUGAGCACCUUGCACUCUCCGCCGACAAGGGCUACGCUACCUGCUGCAACGAGCCCAACGCCGUCGUAGUUGGGUCCGACGACACCGAGCUCCACUGCUGCAGCACCGGAGAGGCUCUUGCCACCAACGGCGAGGGUGCCUAUGACUGCUGUCCCGCCGCUCAGGUCGUUAAUGGCAAGUGCAAGGAGCUCUGCAAGAAUGGAAAGGAGUUCGACGCCAAUGGCAACUGCGUCUGCCCCAAGGGCCAAGAGGUGCAGGCGGAUGGCAACUGUGGCACGAACCCCCCGCCUGCCUGCAAGUCUGGUCUGGAGACCGGCAAAUGCUACCAGUUCAAGGGCAAGGAGAGCGGCAAGCUUCUCUCAUACGUCAACAACCAAUACUCCGAGUCCGCUCGUGGCAAGAACAUCUUCCCCGGCAAGUUCCAAUUCUGCCUGGACGAGGCUUGCGCCGCCGGCGUCCCCGUGAACCCCAGCAACCAGGUCUACAUCAAGGACAUGCACGGCGCCAGCCAGGCCCAGACCGGACAGUGGCUGAACGGAGCCCUGAACGGAGCCCACAUCUCCAAAACCCCCAACUUCGCCCAGGCUGGGUCCUUCUCCAUCUCGAGGUGGACGGAGGGCGCCUACUGCCUCACGGGCUUCAUCACCGGUCUCGACAUCGCCUGCCCGACCACGGACCCGUCCAUCAGCUUCUACACUAACGGUGGCUCCGAGGCCUGCGUGCCAUUCGAUCUCAUCGAGGUCCCCUGCGACAUCAGGGACGAUGCCAACAACUGCAUGUGGGGCGACAAGAAGUGA